UAGAACAUCUGUCUAAUAUUAAAACAGAAGAUACAGAGGGAGAAGAAGAGACGUAUGUGACUGUUAUAAAAGAAGAAGAUAUAGACGGAGAAGAGGAGACAUAUGUGACUGAUAUAAAGGCAGAAGAUAUAGAGGGAGAAGAGGAGACGUAUGUGACUGAUAUAAAGACAGAAGAUAUAGAGGGAGAAGAAGAGACAAAUGUGACCGAUAUAAAGGCAGAAGAUAUAGAGGGAGAAGAAGAGACAUAUGUGACUGAUAUGAAGGAAGAAGAUACAGAGGGAGAAGAAGACACGUAUGUGAGGGGUAAUCAGCAGUGUAAGGAGGAGGAGAUCCCUACAGAUAUCAGCACAGAUGGACACACAAGCAGGAAUAUCUCAGAAGGACAUCUAAUGUUAUCCCUGGAUUGUGAAAUAAAAGAUGACAGUAGACAAGAAUCUCCAGGAGAUAACCCCAUUACCCCAAUUAUACAUCCAGCUCUAUCAGCUGGUCCCCCUGAUCCUGCAAAAUGUUCUCCUGAUCACUCUGAUAUUGGUGUAUCUGGUACAGCUCUGAGAGUAGAUACAGAGUUUCCAUGUGCUAUAGAUGCCAAAUGUUUUACACAGAACACAAAGCCUAUUAACCCACAGACCGGUAAGGCAGGUGAGAGGCCAUUUCUAUGUUCUGUGUGUGGGAAAUGUUUUGCAUACAAAUCAGUUCUUAUUAGACAUCAGAAAAGUCACACAGGUGAGAAGCCAUUUCCAUGUCCUGAGUGUGGGAAAUGUUUUGCACGGAAAUCAGAUCUUCCUAUACAUCACAGAAGUCACACAGAUGAGAAGCCAUUUCCAUGUUCUGAGUGUGGGAAAUGUUUCACACAGAAAUCAGUUCUUGUUACACAUCAGAGAAGUCACACAGGUGAGAAGCCAUUUCCAUGUUCUGAGUGUGGGAAAUGUUUUGCAUACAAAUUAGUUCUUAUUAGACAUCAGAGAAGUCACACAGGUGAGAAACCGUAUUCCUGUUCUGAGUGUGGGAAAUGUUUUUCAUCGAAAUCAGAUCUUGUUAGUCAUCAGAGAAUUCACACAGGUGAGAAGCCAUAUUCCUGUUCUGAGUGUGGUAAAUGUUUCGCACAGAAAUCAGCUCUUGUUUCACAUCAGAGAAGUCACACAGGUGAGAAGCCAUAUUCCUGUUCUGAGUGUGGGAAAUGUUUCGCACAGAAAUCAGCUCUUGUUACACAUCAGACAAGUCACACAGGUGAGAAGCCGUAUUCCUGUUCUGAGUGUGGGAAAUGUUUUGCACAGAAAUCAGCUCUUGUUACACAUCAGACAAGUCACACAGGUGAGAAGCCGUAUUCCUGUUCUGAGUGUGGGAAAUGUUUCGCACAGAAAUCAGCUCUUGUUACACAUCAGACAAGUCACACAGGUGAGAAGCCGUAUUCCUGUUCUGAGUGUGGGAAAUGUUUUAUCCAGAAAUUACAUCUUAUUAAACAUGAGAGAAGUCACACAGGCGAGAAGCCAUUUUCUUGCUAUGAGUGUGGGAAAUGUUUUAUCCAGAAAUCACAUCUUAUUAAACAUGAGAGAAGUCACACAGGCGAGAAGCCAUUUUCUUGCUAUGAGUGUGGGAAAUGUUUUACCUGGAAAUCACAAUUUGUUACACAUCAGCGAAGUCACACAGGUGAGAGGCCAUUUCCAUGUUCUGAGUGUGGGAAAUGUUUUAUCCAGAAAUCACAUCUUAUUAAACAUGAGAGAAGUCACACACGCGAGAAGCCAUUUUCUUGCUAUGAGUGUGGGAAAUGUUUUAUCCAGAAAUCACAUCUUAUUAAGCAUGAGAGAAGUCACACAGGCGAGAAGCCAUUUUCUUGCUAUGAGUGUGGGAAAUGUUUUACCUGGAAAUCACAACUUGUUACACAUCAGCGAAGUCACACAGGUGAGAGACCAUUUCCAUGUUCUGAGUGUGGGAAAUGUUUUGCACACAAAUCAGAUCUUAUUAAACAUGAGAGAAGUCACACAGGUGAGAAGCCAUUUUCUUGCUAUGAGUGUGGGAAAUGUUUUACCUGGAAAUCACAACUUGUUACACAUGAGCGAAGUCACAGAGGUGAGAAGCCAUUUUCUUGCUCAGAAUGUGGGAAAUGUUUUACACGGAAAUUAGAUCUUUUUACACAUCAGAGAAGUCACACAGGUGAGAAGCCAUUUUUUGCUCAGAAUGUGGGAAAUGUUUUACACGGAAAGGAUUUACUGAGAUUCAUAGACAAACUCAACAAUUAUCUUAAUCUGAAGCUUACCCAUGCUAUCAGCAAACAAGAAGCAACCUUUCUGGAUCUAUAUCUCAGUGUGAACUUACAGGGAUAUCUCCAGAAAGAGCUAUUUAGGAAAAGUACAGCGACGAACAGUCUCCUACAUAAGAGCAGUGCCCACUUUCCCCCUACAAUUAAGAACUUACCUAAGGGUGAGUUUCUUAGACUCAGGAGAAACUGUUCUACCAAACAAACAUAUCUGGACAAAAGUAAAGAACUAACAGUCAGACUCCGGGAAAGGGGCUAUAGCAACAAACUUAUCAAAUCGGCAAAGUAUCAUGCAUCCCGGAUUGAGAGAGAAACCCUUAUCUUCCCACAAGAUGAAAAGAAGACUGAAUCUACGGUAGUGAGAUACGUUACCAAUUUCUGUCAGGAAUGGAGAGAAUUACAGACACUGGUCCAGAGACAUUGGAAGGUCUUACUUAUGGAUGAGGACCUGCAGAAAGUUCUGGGAGUUAGACCCUCCUUUAGCUGGAGAAGGGCCAGUAGCUUAAAGGACAAACUGGUAAAAAGCCACUUUGUCAGGAAUCCGCCUUGUAAGACCCCACUGAAAGGUACAUACCCUUGUGGUAAAUGUAAGGCCUGUACUCUUAUCAUCAGAAAGGAUCAGAUAAGGGAUAGAUUUGACAACAAUAUCAAACUGGAACAGUUUAUCAACUGUGACACCAUGGGAGUGGUAUACUGUCUGGAAUGUAGCUGUAAUUUAAGGUACGUAGGUAUGACAACCCGCGUACUUAAACAAAGAAUCUUAGAGCAUGUGGGCAACAUUAGGAAUGCCGCUUCGGAUCUAGCCAAGCAUAAAAAACUCACGUCAGUGGCUAGACAUUUCAUGAGAUACCAUGAGGGACAAACACAAGGAUUACAGGCCUUUGACCUGGAACGUGUCAGACAUGGAACACAUGGUGGAGAUUUUAGUAAAGAACUACUCCGGAAGGAAAGCAAGUGGACGUACAGAUUAAACACACCCAGUAACAGAGAUACCCCAGAGAGAUGUCCCCGUCCUCUGUAUUCCCAGGACUGUACAGAGGAGAAUCACAGGAUCCCACAGGAGGAUCAGGUAGAACGUCUUUCUCGUAUAAAGGUAGAAGAUAUAGAGGGAGAAGAAGAGACGUAUGUGACUGAUAUAAAGGCAGACGAUACAGAGGGAGAAGAAGAGACGUAUGUGACUGAUAUGAAGGCAGAAGAUAUAAGGAGAGAAGAAGAGACGUAUGUGACUGAUAUAAAGGUAGAAGAUACAGAGGGAGAAGAAGAGACGUAUGUGACUGAUAUGAAGGCAGAAGAUAUAAGGAGAGAAGAAGAGACGUAUGUGACUGAUAUAAAGGUAGAAGAUACAGAGGGAGAAGAAGAGACGUAUGUGACUGAUAUGAAGGCAGAAGAUAUAGAGGGAGAAGAAGAUACGUAUGUGAGGGGUGAUCAGCAGUGUAAGGAGGAGGAGAUCCCUACACAUAUUAGCACAGCAGAUGGACACACAAACAGGAAUAUCUCAGAAGGACAUCUAAUGUUAUCCCCGGAUUGUGACAUAAAAGAUGACAGUAGACAGGAUUCUCCAGGAGCUACUCCCAUUACCCCAAUUAUACAUCCAGCUCUAUCAGCUGAUCCCUCUGAUCCUGGGAAAUGUUCUCCUGAUCACUCUGAUAUUGGUGCAUCUGUUACAGCUCUGACAGUAGAUACAAUAUUUCCCUGUUCUAUAGAUGCCAAAUGUGUUACAGAGAAUACAAAGCUUAUUACCCAUCAGCCUGCUAAGGCAGGUGAGAAGCAAUUUCCAUGUUCUGAGUAUGGAAAAUGUUUUACAUACAAAUCAGGUCUUGUUACACAUCAGAGAAGGCACACAGGUGAGAAGCCAUUUUCAUGUUCUGAGUGCGGGAAAUGUUUUACCUGGAAAUCACAACUUGUUACACAUCUGCGAAGUCACACAGGUGAAAAUACAUUUCCAUGUUCUGAGUGUGGGAAAUGUUUUACAUAUAAAUCACAACUUGUAAUACAUAAGAGAAUACAUACAGGUGAGAAACCAUAUUCCUGUUCUGAGUGUGGGAACUGUUUUACAUACAAAUCAACUCUUGAUGCACAUAAGAGAAGUCACACAGGUACAUCACCAUUUCCAUGUUCUGAGUGUGGGAAAUAUUUUGCACAGAAAUCACAACUUGCUAGACAUCAGAGAAGUCACACAGGUGAGAAGCCAUUUCCAUGUCCUGAGUGUGGUAAAUGUUUUGCACAAAACUCAGAUCUGGUUAGUCAUAACAGAAGUCACACAGGUGAGAAUCCAAUUUCUUGCUCUGAGUGUGGGAAAUGUUUUGCCCGGAAAUCACAACUUGUUAUACAUCAGAGAAGUCACACAGGUGAGAAGCCAUUUCCAUGUCCUGAGUGUGGUAAAUGUUUUGCACAAAAAUCGGAUCUUGUUAGUCAUAACAGAAGUCACACAGGUGAGAAGCCAAUUCCUUGCUCUGAGUGUGGGAAAUGUUUUGCCCGGAAAUCACAACUUGUUAUACAUCACAGAAGUCACACAGGUGAGAAGCCAUUUUCUUGCUCUGAGUGUGGGAAAUGUUUUGGCCGGAAAUCAGAUAUUGUUAGACAUCAGCGAAGUCACACAGGUGCGAGGCCAUUUCCAUGUUCUGAGUGUGGAAAAUGUUUUGCACACAAAUCACAUCUUGUUAUUCAUCAGAGAAAUCACACAGGUGAGAAGCCUUUUUCUUGCUCUGAGUGCACGAAAAGUUAUACUCAGAAAUCAGAACUUGUUACACAUCAGAGAAGUCACACAGGUGAGAAGCCAUUUCCAUGUCCUGAGUGUGGGAAAUGUUUUUCACACAAAAAAGAUCUUUUUAUACAUGAGAAAAGUCACACAGGUGAGAAGCCAUUUUCUUGCUCUGAGUGUGGGAAAUGUUUUUCGCUCAAAUCAGCUCUUGUUAUACAUCAUAGAAGUCACACAGGUGAGAAGCCAUUUUCUUGCUCUGAGUGUGGGAAAUGUUUUAGACAGAAAUCACAUCUUGUUACACAUCAGCAAAGUCACACAGGUGAGAAUCAAUUUCCAUGCUCUGAGUGUGGGAAAGGUUUUGCACACAAAUCAGCUCUUGUUGUACAUCAUAGAAAUCACACAGGUGAGAAGCCAUUUCCAUGUUCUGAGUGUGGGAAAUGUUUUGCACACAACUCAGCUCUUGUUAUACAUCACAGAAGUCACACAGGUGAGAAGCCAUUUCCAUGUUCUGAGUGUGGGAAAUGUUUUACACACAAAUCACAAUUUGUUACACACCAGAGAAGUCACACAGGUGAGAAUCCAUUUCCAUGCUCUGAGUGUGGGAAAGGUUUUGCAGACAAAUCAGCUCUUGGUGUACAUCAUAGAAGUCACACAGGUGAGAAGCCAUUUCCAUGUUCUGAGUGUGGGAAAUGUUUUGCACACAACUCAGCUCUUGUUAUACAUCACAGAAGUCACACAGGUGAGAAGCCGUAUUCCUGUUCUGAGUGUGGGAAAUGUUUUACAUCGAAAUCAUAUAUUGUUACACAUCAGAGAAGUCACACAGGUGAGAAGCUGUUUUCCUGUUCUGAGUGUGGGAAAUGUUUUGCACAGAAAUCGGAUCUUUUUAAACAUCAGAGAAGUCACACAGGUGAGAAGCCGUAUUCCUGUUCUGAGUGUGGGAAAUGUUCUACAUCGAAAUCAAAUCUUGUUACACAUCAGAAAAGUCACACAGGUGAGAAGCCGUAUUCCUGUUCUGAGUGUGGGAAAUGUUUUGCACAGAAGUCAGCUUUUGUUACACAUCAGAGAAGUCACACAGGUGAGAAGCCGUAUUCCUGUUCUGAGUGUGGGAAAUGUUUUACAUUGAAAUCAAAUCUUGUUAAACAUCAGAGAAGUCACACAGGUGAGAAGCCGUAUUCCUGUUCUGAGUGUGGGAAAUGUUUUACAUUGAAAUCAAAUCUUGUUAGACAUCAGAGAAGUCACACAGGUGAGAAGCCGUUUUCCUGUUCUGAGUGUGGGAAAUGUUUUGCACAGAAGUCAGCUUUUGUUACACAUCAGAGAAGUCACACAGGUGAGAAGCCGUAUUCCUGUUCUGAGUGUGGGAAAUGUUUUACAUUGAAAUCAAAUCUUGUUAAACAUCAGAGAAGUCACACAGGUGAGAAGCCGUAUUCCUGUUCUGAGUGUGGGAAAUGUUUUACAUUGAAAUCAAAUCUUGUUAGACAUCAGAGAAGUCACACAGGUGAGAAGCCGUUUUCCUGUUCUGAGUGUGGGAAAUGUUUUGCACAGAAGUCAGCUUUUGUUACACAUCAGAAAAGUCACACAGGUGAGAAGCCAUUUUCAUGCUGUGAGAAAUAAAUCCGCCCUUGUUGAACAUAUUAGACAUUACCCAAGUACGGAACCAUUGAAAUCUUCUGGAGUAUAAUUAUCACUGUCAUGCAAUGUUCCUCAAGGGUCAAUCCUAUCUCCUAUGCUUCAUGCAAUAUACAGU